UGAAGGCCCUGUCUCACCGUGGACAGGUGCGCUGCCUCUCUGCGCAUGCGCAGUCCUCCCGGCUCGGCAAGUUAGUGUUAAAAUGGCGGCUGCCGCAGCGGAGCAGGUAACGCAACCUGUUUAAUCUCCACUGCCGCUCGGCGUCACUUCAACUCGGGCGGUGCUGCUGGAGGAAAAGUGGACGAGUGUGGAUUUAUUUCUCGGAGCCUGUCAGUAAAAGUGCGUGUGUGUGUGUGUGUGUGUGUGAGAGGGAAGUAGCGCUGUGAUGAAGAAGCAGGAACAGAAAUGCACAGAUGAGUGAAGUUCAAACUGAACGGAAGUGAACUUCACAUGCCUCCUCCCCGCCGCGGCUCGGGGUCAUUAGAACGCGCAUUAGAGCGUUAUUAACGCGACCUUAUGCAGUUUAGGCCGGAGGGUUAACUCCUGCUCUCAAGUUCAUGCCGGGUUUCUGUGUUUGAAGAGAAGCGCCGAGUCCGAGACACACACACAGAGAGAGAGAGAGAGAGAGAGAGAGAGGUGAAGUCUGUCCAUCAUCAUCAUCAUCAUCAUCAUCAUCAUCAUCAUGGACAGGAAGGUGCAGAUAAGAUGUGUAGAAGUGUUAUAAAGCAACACAACACGGAAGAAGGGAUGGACACAGAAGAUACGAUGAGAAACCCGGAUGGAAAAGAUUUUCACGCUGCUGAAAACGGCUCUGUCGUCGGUUCACACACUCCCGAUCUCCUUCGCGGUGUGUGUUUGAGCUCCACGCCGCUGUACUGCCGCUCGGCCUCAGCCACUACCUCUCUGCACAGCGCCUCCUGUGGUGAGGAGGAGGAGCAGCACAGCGUGGAGUCGCAGGACUCGGGCAUCCCGACCCUGGAGCUCAGCUCACCCGAGGGGACGGAAGAGUCGCACAGCACCGACAGACACCGAGACGCUCCGGCCACGCUGAAGCUAGAGACGACGGGUGAGGGCGGGGCUUCAAGUCAGGUCAGGGGCGGGGCUUUAAGCUACCGAGACUCCACCUCUGUGUGCAGCACCUCCAGUCUGAGCACAGACUUCUCGGCCACGCUGUCGAUCGGCAACGACGAUGGCGCCGGCGACUUCGUGGUGACGUCAGACUCGAGCGCCGUCGUCGAUUUUCACGACUGUAGCGACUUCUCCCGGUUCCCCCAAGCCAUAAAUAGCGCACACGGAGACCGUCACAACGAGGUAGCGACGAAGAAAGAGAGUCCAAUUGUGAGCUUCUUCAACAGGAGUCUGUUUUCUAAGAAGGGGAGGGACGCUGGAGGUCCGAGCGCUCAUUCCGACCCGAACCGGAGGCUGUUUGGCAGAGAUUCACCCAGACCGACCCAAAGAGUUCUGAAGGUAGGACUCGCAUUAAUGGAAAACGUCCAUCGUGGUUCCCAGUGA